AUUAGAUUGUAUUUGUAAUAACGAAUCUUUACAUAAAUAUAUUCAGCUUCCACUCCCAAAAGUGGUUUUCGAUAUCCUUGCAUUAUUUAUAUUCAGUUUGACAAAUCUGGUGUUGAUCAGUUCUUGCAGUCAUGGCUCCAAUAUUUGAUGUGGGCUGGUACAAAUGCUUUCGAAUACUUUUCAUCAUCAUUGAUUUUAUUUUUCUGUUGACUGGUGUUGCUAUGAUUGGACUUGGGGUCUACGUGCAAGUGACGAAAGGAGAGUUCUUUAAUCUGAUACCGAAAGCUGAAUAUGCGAGUGCGCCAUCGGUGUUAAUCGCUGGCGGCGUGAUUGUUAUCGUCUUCUCCUUCAUCGGUAUCCUGGGAGCCUGGAUGCACAGUCAGUGUCUGCUGGUGAUGUACUUUACAUCUGUCUUCAUUAUUUUCUGCAUUGAAAUAGCAGCUGGUGUUCUGGGCUUUGUUUACAGAAGUGAAAUUGAUGACAACUUACAGUCACAACUGUUGUCAGGCCUCAAAGAUCCUGAGAGGAGGGAAUCAUGGAACUUCAUCCAAAAAGAGUUCAAGUGCUGUGGAGUGAACAACGCCUCUGACUGGUUCUCGCUGUCGAAGAACGCCGUGCCGGACUCGUGUUGUCAGAGCACUGGGUGCGGUCAGCAGGGCACGACUCUCGCUUACAGAGUGGGUUGUUAUUCGAAGGCUGUGUCAUUCCUCAAAGACAACAUGUACGCUAUUGGAGCUGCAGGGAUUGGAUUUGCAUGCUGUCAGAUUCUUGUGAUGAUGUGUACACUAAUUCUGAUACACUACAUCCGGCGUUACCAUGGGAAACUGGCUUGAAUCCGGAGGUCGUUCAUUAAGAAUAUUUCAGAAUUAUAUCAUUCAAACACU